AUAAACAAACAUUGCAAACAACAGACCAAAAUUAUGAAUUAAUCCGUUACAUCCGAAACAGCAGCGAGACAAUCUCCGUGGGAAUUAUAAUAGGUCUGUGCACACACAACGGUGAACCACGGGUGAACGGUUGCUGUGUGUGUAUUUAUAGCAUAGCAUCGAGACAGGUUCCUGGUUCAAGACAGGGCUAGGUCCAUUUUCUUUCCUCCAUGGUCCAUGUUGAAUUUGCCAACUAAGGUGCAAGCCACCUCUAGUUAAUAACGUGGUUAGGAGGGAUACUGUUGUAGAACAUCUUGAUAUUCUUGCAGGGGUACGACUUGGCCCCUAUUGCAGAGCAGAGGAAUCGAGACGAUCUUUCCGGCGUGUACUUUUAGCGGCCAUCAUGAACGGACGUCUUUGAGGGUACUUUAUAGUUCUUCGGAGUCCAACCCGGCAAUGGCGGUUGAUUUCGGCGGCGUGUGGAAGUUAGAGACAAACGACAAGAGCUUUGACGUAUUCCUGAAGGCUUGUGGGGUGUCCUGGGCCUGGAGGAAGGCCGCCUGCUCGGUGAAACCCACGGCAGUGAUCACUCAAAGGGGAGACGAGUUCGCCAUCGUCACCAAGACCUCGUACAGAACCCAUGAAGUGCGGUUUGUUCUCGGCGAGGAGUUCUUGAAUGUUAUCCCGUGGGAGGGUGAUGAUCACCGCAUGGUGGCAGAGUGGGACGGUGCUAAACUCGUAAUUCGAGUACUAGACCGGGAUGUGAGUUUCACCAGGGAGAUCGUCAAUGGCCAGUUAGUGCUGACACUAAGGUCUGGGGAUGUUUCCGCUAAGAGGGUCUUCACGAAGGUUGAAACUGAGUAAGCAGGACUUAGACAAGUCCUAUGUUACUCAAGGCAGUGACUUCUAUGACAACGUGUUUAGUUCUACUCCCUCAGGGUUCCUGACUCAGCUGACAACAGGCUCUAUAUGGUUCAACCAUCCAUGCCCUGUUUAACAACAACCGCUCAUCAGUUGACUCAAACUUCAGUUUAGUUGACUCAUGAUUCAGUUUAGUGGACUUAUGAUUCAGUUAAGUUGACUCAUGGUUCAGUUUAGUUGACUGGUGAGUUAGUUUAGUUGACUCAUGAUUCAGUUUAGUCGACUCACAUCUUAAUUAACUGAUAAUUUAGUUUAGUCACUCUUAGUUGACUCAUGAUUCAGUUAAGUUGACUCUUGAUUCAGUUUAGUUGGCCCAUGAUUCAGUUUAGUUGACUUAUCAUUCUGUUUAGUUGACUCGUGGGUUAGUUUAGUUGACUCAUGAUUCAGUUUAGUUGACUCGUGAUACAGCUUAGUUAUCUGAUAAUUCAGUUUAGUCAACUCAAUUUGUGCAUUUUACUUGAUAACGUUAUAACUAUAGGCUAAGCGACUUUUAUUUUUAUAUUUUCAAUAUUAUACGUACUGUAGGUUUGACAGAAACAAUUAAUUUGCAAAGCCUUACCAAGUUUAAUUAGGUGUCACUUUUAUUACUGUCAACAUUUUAUUAGAGCAUAAUGCACUGGACGGAAGUGUUUAUGUGCUGGCCUGUCUGUUCCUUGCUCUAUGGUCUGUCUGUGUACAGAUACAGGUAGUACACAAUAUAAUUAUUAGCCAAUAGUUGUUUAUGGCAUUCAUAUUCACUGAUGUAUAAAGGUCACUUGAAUAGAGUUACCUUAAAGGGGAACACAAUCCACUGAAAUAUUAUGUGUUCGUUUUUAUAUGACAAAUAAACCCUUUUUAUUUUA